GCUGCUACUGUGAAAACGUGUGUCCGGUUGCAGAAGGGUUGAGCUCUCAGGCAGACAGACAGACAGACAGACAGCGCAGCAGCUUCUGUUGGGCCAAUUAACGGACCGGGCUGUUUCCUGGGCGGCCUCUGACCUCUCCCAUACUAACUGGGUCAGGAUAUUCCAUUCUGUACAGCAGGAGACUCGCAGCGGGACGGACACGAUCAUGGGCUCCUCCUGGGCGUUAGUUUGUGGCGCCGCGUCGCUCUUGGUGUUACUGAGCUCAGCCUGCGAAGAUGCAGAAAGUUGUCUUCAGCGUGAGAUCACAAUGUCCCCUGACUUCCUGGGUCAAGUUCUGCAGGAACCAGAUCCAUUCAUGCUGCAGCAAGAAGUAGAUUUGUCAGAGCUUCUAAAUUUUGGCGGUACAGUUUAUCUUCUUACAGUCUUUAAAAAGCUUAAAGGUCAACCUGGUUUUCGGCCCCGCUCUUUCCCUCCUGCGCAAAGAUAUCCUGUCCAGUUUCCCCUCGGCCGGCCGACGCCUGACAACAUCCAGGCCAUCUGUGUUCACGCCGAACAUCGACCUCGCUACCCAGACUCUUACUUUCCACCUUCUGGUUUUAGCAAACGAAGGCGCAUGGCCACAGCUGUCAAUAAUGCGGAGUCGUGGUUCAGCACAUGCUGCAAAGGGAACCAGACUUGGGGGACUGAAGGGACGCUGUGUUGUGCAACACAAGCGUGGGAGCAUUCAGUUCAGCUGUUCUGUGAGGAGGAUUCAUCUGUGAAAGAUCGACUCUAUGAAUGCUGCUGGCAAAGAGGAAUGAGGAGACUGAGCUGUUUCAAUGAUAAAGCUCAAAAUCCCAACUACGAGCCAUCAGAGGAGAUACCUGUGGAAGAGAUUCGCUCUACAGAAAACUUCCACUUCAACCAAAACACCUGCCCAAGGAUUCAGAUGAGUAAUAUGAGAAAAUUAGCUGCAGAAAUGCCAGAAGCCAAUGCACCUACUUCCCAAAAAAUCGACAUCAACUUUCCUCCUGGAAGGCCAACAGCAGAUAACAUUGAGUCACUGUGUGGCAACCAGAAACGCCGACCUCGCUACACAACCAAGUGUCUGCCGCGCUCAGGCAAUGAGCUGCUGGCCCGUCAGGUGAAGACCAUCAACCGCCUGGAAAAGAGAUUCAAGCAGUGCUGCAAAAAGAAGAAGGGAGCGCUCAACUGUGCCGAACAGAAGUGGCGUGAGGAGCUUAAUAGGUACUGCUCUGUUAGGAAUGGUGGGCAGGAGUGUUGUCAGACAGAGGAUCAGUACGAUUGUUUCCAGUCAAUUUCUUCAGAUCCACUUUAUAACAUGACAUCUGCUGCUGAGGAGCCCACACUGAACAAGAUGUGUGAUACACAGAUUAUCAACCACAGAUUUCCUGUCGGUUUUCAACUGAAGACCCGAUGCUGCCCCCUGCCGGAGCAAGAAAGAAACGAUUGUUUUGAGCUAAAUCUUGCAGAAAUAUCCCAGAGUCUGUGUUCAUCAAAAACGUCUGACUCUCCUGUUUUUCGCUGCUGCAAGAUGACUUCGCCUGAAGAGAUUUCACAGUGUCUCAGCAAAAAUGUCAUGAAAGCCAUCACCAAAGGGACUAAGAAGAGCCAGAAGAAAAAUAAAAUAUGCCCCAUUCCUUAAAUGCAUAUAACACUGGCAGGAAACAUCCAUUUCUGGAAAUUGUAAGCUUGCUCCAGAGGUGGUUUACAGUCACUGAGCACAAACAAAUACUGAAGAGAUAUUAAAAAUGUAGAUCAUUUUGUCGCUUCAUCUACUGCUGGUGUAAAAUUAUCAUCACAUGAAAAGCAUUGCAAUAAGAACCAAUGAAACUGAAUGAUUUUUAAUGCAUAGUUUCUACUCAAACUCUCGUCUCUGUAGCUGAACCACUGAUUACUCUUUGUUGCUGCUCUAUGCUUAUUUGAAUUUAUUCAACUUAGAUGAAUGGAGUUUUGAUGAAAGCUUAAAACGAUGUUGCAAACUGAAUUUUAUAUAGAAUUUUCUUCUGACAGUUUAAUAAAAACACAUUUGAAUCUUA